AUGAUGAAAGCUUUCACUUUUGCAGCCAUUAUCGCAACUCUCUUUGCGUUUUUCAAGCUUGCUGUUGCUGGCUCUGGCGAAUUGCCUGAAAACCCUCCAAUCACUCACAAGGUGUACUUUGACAUUGAGGAAGAGGGAAAACCAAUUGGUAGGAUCACCAUUGGUUUGUUUGGCACGGUCGUUCCAAAAACAGUCGAGAACUUCAGACAGUUGGCCGUUUCCGAUGACCCCAAGUUUGGCUACACCGGCUCCAUCUUCCACCGUAUCAUUCCUAAGUUCAUGCUCCAAGGUGGUGAUUUUGAGACUGGCAAGGGCUUCGGUGGCAAGUCCAUCUACGGUGGCAAAUUCGACGACGAGAACUUCACCUUGAAGCACGACAGGCCGUACAGAUUGUCCAUGGCCAAUGCUGGUCGUAACACUAACGGUUCCCAAUUUUUCAUCACAACCGUAUUAACCCCAUGGUUGAACGGUGCCCAUGUGGUGUUCGGUGAAGUUCUCGACGGCAAGGAUGUCGUUGACUAUAUGGAGAAGGUCAAGACAAGCUAUGGUGACAGACCUGUCAAGGAAUUGAAGAUUGCAGCUGCUGGUGAGCUCGAGCUUACCAAGGAUGAGGUUGCCCAAAAGGACGCUGCCAUCAAGAAGGAUGAGCUUUAG